AUGCAGACUCGCCACCAAGCCAUUCGAUAUGGGCCCAUUGCCAAGUCUUUACCUGCAGAUCCGACACAGCCCGACAUCCGGGAUUGGCCAGGAUUCAGUUUGCCCACAGGACCUCGUAUAUCCAGCCUAGCUUCAGCAGUACAGCUCGCCAUGAAUCAGUCGAUUCAAACUUUGAUUACUGAACUCUAUGUGUUUGGAAAAGAGUCUGCCCAUGUCAAAAUGCCGGCAGAUUCUAAAACAUGGCAGGCUGAUAAUAUAGGCAAAACAGGUAAUGCAAUUCAUACUAUGCCUUACACCAGAACGCCUGUAGGCAAAUUGAAGCGAGUGAUUGGAGGUGUCUUCACUGACAUGUACAGUACCUUUCUAUGGAGUAAUCGCACGCCCCCAACUUUGGAAUGUGCCUCCAGUUCCGAGUUCUUCUUCCCCGCGGCUAAUCCUUUCUCGCUCGUCGUUAUCAGACGAGCAUUUCAGGCCCUCCAUUUGACAGACUUGACGAACGAGAGUUGCGCUGUCGAUCUCAUAGGCGACUUGUCCGGUUCUGUUGGUCUAUCGGGAAGUGAAAUCUGUAGGAUGCAGCUCGCUUCUCGCAAUGGGACAGUCGAGUACCAGGUCUGUAGUGCACGAAGCCGUGUUGGUGCACUCGCUGGCAGAAAGGACAGCGGACGUAGACACUCGAAGCGUUCCAGUCGAGGACAUCAAUAUCAAUAAUGCGUGUGUUCGACAUUCUGCCGUUCCAGUGGACCGAUAAGCUCCACACAGUUUGAUUCAAAUCCGAUGUUGUAGGGUUGGUGUCUUCCAGCAAAUCUGGAGUAGAGCAGGUGUACGUCUUGGUCUGAGCCGUGGAGCUGUAUGUCUUAUAUAAAGCAUA